AAACAGACAAUACUUUGUUUUGUAUUAAAUUACGUUAUGUUAUACACAAGUCAUUGUAACUGAAGAUCAUUUGAUGACCAGUUGAUCACCAAAAAUGUCUGAAUUAACAGAUCAACAGAAGGCUGACAUUGAAAGGAAACGACAGAAUGCUCUUCUCUUAAGACAACAAAAGUCACAAAAACUAUCGACAAAUGAAUUGUACUCUCAGUCAGUACGAGAUAAACAAUCGACAGCUGGACUCGACUCUGGCGGAGGAUUUCUCAUCGAUAGUGAUUCAGAUGAAGACACCAUUUGUCCGGCGAAAACAUCAAACAAUGACCAAAACGAUGAUAUGAAUGAAACGAUUCAAUGCAUUGAUUGUCAUCAAGAUUUCAAUAAAUCUUUUUUGAUGAAACACUUCUCUUUAAAAACUUGCGAUUUGUGUAGAGAUCUUAAGGAUAAACAUUCAUUGAUUACAAGAACUGAAGCCAAAAGUGAAUAUUUAUUAAAAGACUGUGAUUUAGACAAAAGAGAGCCAUCGCUCAGAUUUAUCGCGAAGAAAAAUCCGCAUGAAUUUGCAAAAGGAGAUAUGAAACUGUAUUUGAGAUCACAGAUCGAGGACAGGGCUCUCCAAGUCUGGGGCAAUGAAGACAAUCUGAUGGAUGAGAGAGAAAAACGACUUGAAAUGAAUAAAAGACGUAAAGAAAAACAAUACGAAAAGAAAAUAAAAACUUUACGAAUGACUGUUAGAAGCAGUUUAUACACUAAACAAAGUGACAAUCAUUGCCAUGACUUCGAUGACGAAGUAUAUAAUGAAGAACAAGAAUGCUAUGAAAAGACGUGUAAAAGUUGUGGAUAUAUUGAUAGUUAUGAGAAAAUGUAAAAAUCGAUGUUUCAUAUUAAGUAAACUAUCAUUUUUAACAACAUUUUUAUUUGAGAACAAAUCAAUAAUUCUUGCAUUAUUUGAGAAUAUUAUCAUUAAUUAUAGUAAUAAUAGUCUAUAACAUAAUAUAAUAUU